UCACUCUCUCAGCCCUCGAAUAAAAACUGCACCCAACUUCCGAGGCGCCCUCAUUGCCAGCCGGACCCCAGCCUCCGACAGGUUCGGGCGCCCUGCUCGCCCCGUGCUCCGCUGUCCCCCGCCCAGCGCCCGGCCCCUCCGGCUCCACUCGCUUGCUUUCUCGGCCGCUCCGACGCCAUGGACACGUUCUGGUGGCGCGCAGCUUGGGGACUCUGCCUCGUGCAGCUGAGUCUGGCGCAGAUCGAUCUAAAUAUAACCUGCCGAUACGCAGGUAUAUUCCACGUGGAGAAGAAUGGUCGCUACAGCAUCUCGAAGACUGAGGCUGCUGACCUCUGCAAGGCCUUCAAUUGUACGCUGCCCACCAUGGCCCAGAUGGAGGCAGCCCUGCGUGUAGGGUUUGAGACCUGCAGGUACGGGUUCAUAGAUGGGCAUGUGGUGAUCCCCCGGAUCCACCCCAACUCCAUCUGUGCUGCAAACAACACGGGAGUGUACAUCCUUACAUCCAAUACCUCCCAGUAUGACACGUAUUGCUUCAAUGCUUCAGCUCCCCUUGAAGAAGACUGUACAUCAGUCACAGACCUGCCCAAUGCCUUUGAAGGACCAAUUACCAUAACUAUUGUUAACCGCGAUGGCACCCGGUACACCAAGAAAGGGGAAUACAGAACUAACCCCGACGACAUCAACCCCAGCACCGCUCCCGAGGAGGACAUGAGCAGUGGAUCCUCCAGUGAGAGAAGCACUUCAGGGGGCUACAUCUUCCACACCCAUCUUCCAACCGUGUACCCGACCCCGGACCAAGAUAGUCCCGGGGUCUCCAGCAACCCAGAGACUACCCCGACUACCAGCAGAUUCUCAACCACUGCACCACCAAGGAAGCCCACAACAGCUUUGAUGAGCACUAGUGGUACAACUUCCAAAACAGCAACCAAGAGGCAAGAAGUCCAGGAUUGGUUUUCUUGGUGGUUUCAGCCAUCAACAUCCAAGAUUCAUCUUCACACCACAACAAUUAUGGCUGCUCAGCCACUAAUGCAAGUCACCACAACAGGUACGGAUUCAAAUAUCAUCUCAGCAGGCUGGGAGCCAACUGAAGAAAAUGAAGAUGAAAGUGACAGACACCCCAGUUAUUCUGGAUCAGGCAUUGAUGAUGAUGAAGAUUUUAUCUCCAGCACCAUUUCAACCACACCACGGGUUUUUAACCACCCACAACAGAACCAGGAUUGGACGCACCUGAGCCCAGGCCAUUCGAAUCCAGAAGUAUCACUUCAGACAACCACAAGGAUGACUGAUGUGGACAGAAGUAGCACCAGUGCUUAUGGAGAAAAAUGGACCCAGGAAACGCACUCUUCUCUCAGUCACCACGGAUAUCAUGAUGAAGAGGAGACCCAGCAUCCUACAGGCACAACCCGGGCACCCCCUACUAGUACAACAGAAGAAACCGCUACCCAGAAAGAGCAGUGGUUUGAGAAUGGAUGGCCUGGGGAAUAUCCCCAAAUGCCAAAAGAAGACUCUCAUUCAACAGCAGGGACAACUGCAGCCUCAGCCCAUGACAGCCAUCCAAAUCAAAGAGUGACAACGCAGAGCCAAGAGGACCGUUCCUGGACUUACUUCUCCGACCCAGUCUCACAUCCAAUGGGACGAGGUCAUCAAACAGAAAGAAGGAUGGAUAUGGACACCAGCCAUAGUACAACAACGCUUCAGCCUUCUGCAGAUCCAAACACAGGUUUGGUGGAAGACUUGGACAGGACAGGACCUCUUUCAGUGACAACUCAACAGAGUGAUACUCAGAGCUUCUCUACAUCACAUGGAGGCUUGGAAGAAGACAAAGACCAUCCCAUGACUGCUACUCCAACAUCUAGCAAUAGGAAUGAUGACAGAGGUGGCAGAAGAGGUGGAAAUCUUCCUGAAGACUCAACUACUUCAGUGGAAGGUUAUACUCCUUAUUCUCCAGACACAAAUGAAUACAGAACCCUCAUCCCAGUGACCCCUGCUAAGACUGGGUCCCCUGAAGUUACUGAAGUUACUAUUGUUGGAGAGUCUACUUCUAAUGUUGAUCUUUCUUUACCAGAAGACCAAGACUUAUCCCGUGACCCCAGCGGAAGGUCCUAUACAACUCAAGGAUCCGAAUCAGCUGGGCACUCAAGUGGGAGUCAGGAACGUGGGAUCAACACAACCUCAGGUCCUAUGCGGAAACCUCAAAUUCCAGAAUGGCUGAUCAUCUUGGCAUCUCUCCUGGCCCUGGCUUUGAUUCUUGCAGUUUGCAUUGCUGUCAACAGUAGGAGAAGGUGUGGGCAGAAGAAAAAGCUGGUGAUCAACAAUGGCAAUGGCACUGUGGAGGAGAGAAAGCCCAGCGGACUCAACGGAGAAACUAGCAAGUCUCAGGAGAUGGUGCAUUUGGUGAACAAGGAGCCGUCAGGGACCCCAGACCAGUUUAUGACCGCAGAUGAGAGGCGGAACCUGCAGAAUGUGGACAUGAAGAUUGGGGUGUAACACCUACUCCAUGACCUUGGAAAGAAACCAUUGUCAGAGACAUAAUCUUACAGGGAGCUGGGACACUUCACAGAUGCGAUGUGCUACUGAUUGUUUCAUUGCGGAUCUUUUUUCAGCAUAAAAUUUUCUAUUCCUUUUUGGGGUGUUUUUUGUGUGUGUGUUUUGUUUCUUAAAGUCAGUUCCAAUUUAUAAAAACAGCAUUGCUUUCUGAAAUGAGGGCCCAGUUAAUAAUCGGCAAGAAUUUGACUGUUCCAGUUCCCACCUAGAAGCCUCUCACCCCCCCUGGGGUGUGCUAUGGACGGCUUCUAGCAAAAGCCACCCAUCCAUCUUCCUGACCCUCAACCUUCCCUCCACCCCACCCACCAGGGAACAGCCACCUGCUAAGGACAUCCCCCAAGGCUAAGAGGGAUUGGUCCCUGGGAGGAAAUUUGAAUAGGUCCAUAUUGCCUUUCCAGCAGCCCAAUCCCUGGACAUUUCUUUCCAGUGGGGUAGGGGAAGGGGGUGUACUGGUUACACAUCCCCUUCUACAGACCUCCUGGAAAAUUCUCAGAUGCUUCUGGAAAAUACCCAAACGGUGAAGCUAUUUAUCUGUAGUAAGCUAUUUAUCUGUGUUUUUGAAAUAUGAAACCCUGGAGGUCCUUUGAUCAGAAUGAUUAUUUUGUUGUUGUUACUUUGUCAGAGGCAUAAAAGGGUUUACGCUAAUUCAUAAUAAACAUCUGUACUUCUUCCACUUUAA